AUGCCUGCUCCCGCCCAUACCCAAAGAGACACCAUUGACAAGUUCCUUGCAGCAUGGAAGGAUGGCAACGCCCAAGGGACUAUCGGCCUGUGGUCCGAUGAUUUUGAGCAGCAACUGCUGCCUUACUCGCUACAACAGCCAAUUCGAUCCCGAAGUCACGCUGAAUUCUUCUAUCCUAAGCUAGUGAGUGGGUUGACAAACUGGAAGCUGGACAUCAAGCAUAUCGUUCACGACGCGGCCAACAGUACGGCCGCAGUGUAUGCAACCUCGUCCGCAGACACACCAAUUCCCGAGGAGAGAUGGACCAACGAAUAUGCUAUCUUUUUGUGGUUGACCAACGAUGGACUGAAGGUGCAAAAGUUGGAAGAAAUGGUGGACUCUGCGUUUUAUAUACACUUCUUCCCCUUGUUCCAUAAAUACCUGGCGGAACAGGGGGCUCUACAGUAG